GUGUGUGUGUGUGUGUGUGUGCAGUCAGUGCACGGCAGCGCGCCUCCGCUUCAUCUCUCCGCUGUUUCCCGCGGAUCUCUCGCGCUCUUCAUCUCUUCACUGUUUCUCUGUGGAUUUUCUCUGGAGAUGUUUGUGUGCGGACGCACCUCGUUCCGGCAGCUACAGGCGUGUGUUUUCCGACUGCUAUGUUUUAUUCCCACAGGAUUCCCGGUGAUCAGCGUAGACAGCCAGAGAUCCACCGACAACAUCACCAUCAGACAGGGAGACACCGCCGUGAUCCGGUGUUAUGUGGAUGAUAAGGUGUCGAAGGUGGCCUGGUUGAACCGCUCCAACAUCAUCUUCGCGGGUGAGGAUAAGUGGUCUCUGGACCCGCGGGUGGAGCUGGUGACUCAGGGUCAGCUGGAGUACAGUCUGAGGAUACAGAAGGUGGAUGUGUUCGACGAGGGCCCGUAUACCUGCUCCAUCCAGACCAAACAGCAGCCCAAGACGUCACAGGUCUACCUCAUCGUUCAAGUUCCUCCAGUCAUCUAUAAAGUUUCUGAAGACUUCACUGUGAAUGAGGGCAGUAACGUGACGCUGACGUGUUUGGCCAAUGGGAGGCCAGAUCCCUCCAUCACCUGGAGACUGCUCAACCCGUCAGCCGAGGCUCUGGAUGUGGGAGAGUAUCUGGAGAUCUCUGGGAUCGUUCGCUCUCAGGCCGGACGUUAUGAGUGUAAAGCGAGUAAUGACGUCUCCACUCCUGAUGUCAAAUAUGUCAACGUGGUGGUGAACUACCCGCCGUACAUUAAGGAGGUGCGUAGCUCCGAGACGCCGGUGGGACAGGCUGGAGUCCUGCACUGUGAGGCGUCUGCUGUUCCUCAGCCGGAGUAUGAGUGGUACAGAGACGAGCGCAGACUGUCGAGCUCUCAGAGCGUCAGUAUUCAGAUCAGCGGCUCUCGCACACUGCUGGUGGUCGCAAACGUCACGGAGGACGACUACGGAAACUACACGUGUGUCGCCACCAACAGACUGGGAGUCCACAACGCCAGCGUGUUCCUCUAUAAACCUGGCACUGGGCGGGACAUCAACGCCUCAGGCUGCGUCUGUCAAUCAUUCUGGCUCCUCCUCCUGUCUGUUCUCUCAGUUCUUCUGAAGUGUUAAUGUUCAGCGCUGAUGCUCUGAACUCGAUCGAUCAUCUCAGACUGUUUCCAUCCGUCCAUCCUCGCUCACCGUUACGCCCCGACAGGACGACCGUCUUAUUAUCAAGAACAAAUAUGACAUGGAGAAAAGAAAGAAGGUGCUAUUUUCAAGACAAGAAUAUUGUUGUUGUCAAGCACUGACUUCUGUCUGAGUGAAAUCAUCUAGAAAUAUGGUUCAUUUCAUUGUGUUUUCCCAUAAUACCCUGCAGUCUGUUCCCAAAUCUGCCUAAUGUAAACUAAUGAAGGAGCGCUAGGAUCAUGUAAAGUCUUUUAGAUGUGGUUUAGGACUAAUGACUAGCAGAAGGGACUGGAACACAGUAUUUUCUCCUGAAUCUUCAUCAUGAAGAUAUUCACAGAUCAGAUCAUGUCUGUGUUUGUGAAGAUUGAUAGGAGAUUCUUUUCACAGCCCCUGCCCAAAACCCCUCCCACAUGUGUAGCCACACCCACACACCAAACCCCUCCCACAUGUGUAGCCCCGCCCACACACUCAACCCCUCCCACUCCUGGAGGGUUCCUGUGAAAGCCUUGAUCAUCUGAGAACUGUUUCUCUCGUGAAAAACUAUUCCUCUGGAGGGAAACCUGUAGAGUGCUGUGGGAAGAUUUUGGUAAAGUGUGAGAUCCUCGUGUCCUGAACCUCGUCUUCUGCGUGUCUGUGAAAUCGUAUGAACUCUGAAUUGUACGACACCAAUGAAUGCUUCGCUUCGAUUCGCUGCUCAUCCCGUCGCGUCUGUCGUCUGUAAAUACUCGUUUAAUCGAAUGUCCUCACAUGGAAACGAAACGAAUCUUCAGUUCAGGUCUCUUCAUUAGUUAAUUAUCUGCGGUGGCGCUUUGAUGCUUCCUGUAACAAACUGAAAUUAGAUACUAAACAAAGAUUUUUAAUACAAAUAUUUAAAUAUCUCGUUCUAAAACUAGAUUUACCUUUGUAGCGGCUGCACUACUAUUCUUAUUCAUAGAGAUUGAUCAUUUCUGUUCAUUAGUUAUUAUAAAAGUAGUUGGACAGAAAUGAGCUGAAUCCACUGACUGCCAAACGAUUCGAGAAAACAAUAUAAAAAAGCCAUUUUAGAGAUGAUUUACACACACUGAAUCCACGCACACACACAUUAGUUUUCUGCGUGAUUGAAUUUGUGAAGCGUCCGUCCCUGAUUUUCUUGUUUACCAGAUUUAUUUAUUUUAAAGUUCUCGGAGAACAAGUUGUAUGUACACAUUCAUAUAUUAAAGACAUUUAAACGGUAUAAUGAAUCCCUCCUGAGCUCUUCAGCUCUUUGAUUGACAGCUCUCUCAGCCAAUGAUCUUUCAGCGUGUGAGCUCUGAUUGGAUGUAGCCGCUGUGGCUCGGCGUCUGGUUUAAGGGCUAGUCGUGUGUCCUGUAGUCCUCAGAAGCUCUCGCUCGUGCCCUGAACACCGUUGUCUGAGUUUGAUCCGAUCUGAAGUCACGACCAGGACUGGUGUGUUUCUGCUUCACUGCAGCGUGUGUUUAACAGUUACACUCAGUGAGGAUCAGCUGACUUUAGUUUCACCUUGUGUGUGUGUGUGUGUGUGUGUGUUACUCCUGAUGCUCUGUAACAUGACAAGAAAACUGGACGCCGUGUCUUUGUCGAUCCUCAGGACGCUGGAGUCUCUAGAAAGAGUUUUCCGUCUCGUUCCGCUGACAUCUUCAUGAAAAGCAAUGAACAUUUUCUAACUGUGUUUAUUUACUCUAAAAUUAGCGGAACCAUUUUUUAAAUCUGCACUGUAAAGAACUCAUGAAGUGUUUGAAAUGGAAAUAAAGUCAUUUGAAUUUGUUGUAUUUCAAAAGUGGGUUUAAGAAAAAAAUAAAAGAUAGUAAUUUUUGGUGAGAAAAUGAGGCUCUGUUAAUCAUGUAACAUGAAAAUAAAGGAAUAUAAAGAUUGUUAGCUCUCCCUUUAAACGUCAGUUAUUGUGUUUUUAACUCUAUUUGAAACGAAGAGUUUGAAACUUCACUUCACAGACGUCAUCUCCGAAAUCAUUUCACAACAAAACACAAGUAGUGCACUUGUGUUUUGUUGUGAAAUGAUUUCGGAGAUGAAAAUCAUAAUGCACACUGAAUCAUAAAUGCCCACAAACACACACUUAAAAUACUUAACUUGAAUUUACUAUUAAAAUCAUAAAAUUAGAAACGGGACCCUUUUCUGAACACACACACACAUACACAAACAAUUAUAUAUUUAUUAAAGUUUCUGAUUUGAACAAAAAAAAAGUAUAAUUAUAGUUAUAAAGGUUUUGGAUUGCUUACCUUAAUAUAUAUAAGAGGAGUACAAUAUGAUUUUGUAAGUUAAUGAUUUAUGAUCAGUUGUUGGGAAAACUGAUGGAUUCAGACUUUUGACUUGUAAUUAAUGAUGGCAUGUUAAUUUGCGAGCGUAACAGUACAAUAACACAAUAAAAGAUAUAUUACUGA